AAAAGACUUGCUCACAGACACGGACGCCCGGGAUGGCUUUACGGCGAGCUGUGCAAGAUGAUGAUGUCGAGAGCCAGCAGGCGACUAAAGACGACGAGUCCUACGCGGUUGGGCAAGUGACGAUUCGAGUGCCGCUGGACUGCCGGCCGUUGCCGCUGCUGGCCGUGAUUGUGAGUUUCCUGCCCUGGGCCGUGCCGGUGGCGCUGAUCGCGGACAUUGCGCUGGAGAGGCGAGCCAUCAGCUUGUUCGCCUUCACGGCUAUCCUGGUGACGAGCCUGGUGUGCGAGUGGGGAUUGAAGCCUCUGAUCGGGGAGCCUCGACCGCCAACAUCUGCAUGCAGGACGGAAGACGGCAAGCUCCUUCCGGGCAUGCCAUCUGGCCACGUCAUGAUGUGCCAGAGCAUGCUCAUUUUCUACAUGCUGGAGUCCAUCCAUCACCAUGCUCUGAUGGUGGCGGUGCUGCUGAUCCUCGCCAUGCCGGCCAUGCCUUGGGCACGUUGGUACAAUGGUGACCACACCGUGAAGCAGGUGGUGGUCACAUUCCUUGCAGCGUCUUUGGUAGGCCUGGUGGAUUACUUGAUUUUCCUGGUACUCUUUCAAGACAGCUCUGGCACCUUCGGGCAGCAUGUCAGGGAAGUCAGGCGUGAGGAACGGAUCGGCGUGACCCGGGCGCUCCUCGCGGAUUUGGGUCCUCCAGGUGUUAUUCCUGUCCCGUUCCUCCCGAGCACGGCCUGAGCGCAAAGAUGUCGCAUUCGCCAUGUGCACUGCCAUGCGGUGUGAAGCCUGGACAUUGAGUUGCGAGCUCCCUUUGGCCACC